UUGCUUGGCGAAGACAUGGCUGUGUUUUGUGGACCUUCAGGCAACAAAUUUUUGUUUUCAGGCCAAAACAAAUACGUAACUUCCUGGUGGCCAAAUUCCAUUAAAAAGGCUCUGAUGCAUCCUGACAAUAUCAACAAUUCUUCCCUGGAAGAGGCCACUAAAUUGCGUAGCUUUCUUCCGCCUUUUCUCAAGCCUGAAUCCCUUCAACAUUACAUACCUGUAAUGGAUUCAAUGGCGAGGGAACAUUUAGAGAAAGAAUGGUUUCCCUACAACGAUGUGAGGGUUUUUCCUCUCUCGAAAAAGUACACUUUCGCGUUGGCUUGUCGAUUGUUCAUUAGUGUUACAGAUCCUGAUCGUAUAGCCAAGUUCGCCGAGCCUUUUGCACUUGCCACUGCCGGACUCAUAUCAGUGCCUAUUGAUCUUCCAGGAACAACUUUCAAUAGUGCAGUGAAAGCGGGGAAAACGAUUAGGGAAGAGCUGACCUCCAUUAUUUUGAAGAGGAAGGUUGAGAUUGAAGAGAAGAAUAUUGCAGUGGCUACUGACUUGUUGAGUAGCAUGCUGAUUGAUGGAAUGACUGAGAUUGAAAUUUCUGACAAGAUCAUUGGAUUUUUCAUUGCAAGCCAUGAUACUACUAGUACUGCCAUAACAUUCAUCGUUAGCUAUCUCGCAGACUACCCAGAGAUCUACCAAAGAGUUUUUGAAGAACAAAUGGAGAUUUUCAAGUCAAAAGAGAAAGGAGAAUUGUUGAAUUGGGAUGAUGUAAAGAAGAUGAAAUACUCUUGGAGUGUGGCAUCUGAAGUAAUGAGGCUAGCACCACCUGCUAAUGGAUCUUUCAGAGAGUCCAUAAUUGACUUCAAUUAUGCUGGCUAUACAAUCCCUAAGGGAUGGAAGACAUUUUGGACAGUUCAUACUACACAUAAGAAUCCGAAAUAUUUCCCGGAUCCAGAGAAGUUUGAUCCUUCAAGAUUUGAAGGGAGUGGCCCUGCACCUUACACUUUUGUACCAUUUGGUGGAGGGCCUCGAAUGUGCCCUGGAAAAGAGUAUGCUCGAUUAGAAAUACUUGUUUUCAUGCAUAAUUUGGUCACAAAAAUCAAAUGGGAGAAAAUCAAUCCUAAUGAAAAGAUUUCCUACAUUCCAUCUCCCAUUCCAAUGGAAGGCCUUCCAAUUUCAAUCAAGAUCAUUUAA